AUGGCAGAUGUCAAUGCACAUGGCCAAUGGGCUCUGCUAGCUAUUGCAAACGAGGCAAUGCAAGCCUCGUCAAAUCACACAAGCAACAAUGCUGGCAAGGACAGCUCUGGCAUCAGUUGGUCCACCGUCCUGAAAGGAUUCUUGCCCAUGCUCACUAUAGCCCUCGGAUUUGCUGCAAACUACUUGGUAGAAACCACUCUGCCCUCUUCGUUCUUGUGCUAG